AAAAUAAAAAAAAUCUGGUUCACUGCCCCUUCCCCAUUAAUGGCAGAACUUCAAUGGAAAAAUGGAAGAGCUUCAAGGGGCUUCAUUGGAGGACGACCUAACCCUUCCCCGUAAGGGUUAACCUUGCCCUUCUUUUCUCCCUUUACAAUUAGGGUUUUCGUUUAAUCGGCGGCGGCUAGGAGUGGAUUGUUAAUCAAAACCAGCUCCGAUGGGAUGGCGUUGAACUGAAGGUUGUAGUUGUAGUGCUGUGGUGGUACUCGUGAGUCGUGACGGAGAAAAUGGUGGUGGUACUCGGGUGUAAUAGGUAUUGGGUAAUGACGGUACUCGGGUUUGACGGAGAAGAUGAGGAUGAAAUCUGAUCGGAAACCACCGCUUGCAAGAUCUCCGAUGACGCUUCGCGGCCGUCGUCCUCUUCAACCACCCAAUUCCAAUAUCAUCGCCAACACCCCUCUUCGAACACCAGCUAUGAUGAACAAACCCCAGAUGAAAGGAUCAGAAAAUAUGCCAGAAAACAACACAGUUUCUUGUGAAUUGAGGGCACUAGCAAAGAUGGUUCAAGAUGAGCUCGGCGCAAUCAACGCGAAAAAUACUGAAUUUGGCAGUCAUUCAUCAAUUGGAGGUACUAAUCAGUUUGAGAGGGGUCGAUUUUACAAUGCUUAUUCAGAAAGAAGGAAUGAAAGGCUAAGAAAGAAACAGAGUGAAACAGGGGAUGAUGAGCCUAAAUCUGCUUAUAAUUUAGGUGUUAAGCUUGAUUCCACUACUAAGAAGAAGGAUACUAGGAAGAAAACAGAUAGUCUUAAAAAGACAAUGAUGGCAGCGGCUACUUACUCUUCUGUGGAUCGUAGCGAGCACCCGAGGUAUGCUUUGAGGAGCACCGCCAGGAAGCCUCCACUUCCGGUGGCACCGAUGAAUGUCGAUGAGACGGCGAGGAAGGCUCCUAGUACAAGAGCUAGGAGGAAGUAAGGGAGGAGAAAGGAAUAUAGAUUUUAGACAUAAUUGAGGAAAGAUUUAUUGAUAUGUCAUAUUCAUUUCUAUGGGUGGUAGAAUUGCUAUGUCAAAGUUGUUGAUGGAUAAGCUCUACUCAUGGAGUCAUGGGACAUUAUAAUGGUAGAUGUUUUGCUUGUAUGUUGUUGUAGUCCAUCAAUGGUGGACAUCAUAAAAUUUUUAUCUAGUCUUGGAACAACUAAAUUCGGUGAUUUUCAAAUUGAAUCUUCUAUAAUGUUGAUCAUUCCCUCCUUAUUCAUCAAUAGGUGAGGUGAUAAUAGGUCGUUUCUAUCAAAUUUUGUUAAUCCGUUUGGGUUAUCUUAGGCAUAUAGAUAAGUCAUGUGUAUCAUAUUCAUUUAACAAUUUGGUUAUUUUAUUGAUUGUUCGGGUG